GGGCAUUCGAGACCCGCGUGUCUUCUUCACCAGAGACGUUUGGUGUUCUGCUAACCGACGAAAAAGGUGAGAAAUGGCGACUGUGGAGGCAAUUCUGAACCUUCUCUUCCACUCGUCGACUAAAGUCACCACUGAGCCUUAUCUUCAUCACCUCUUCCUCGAUCUACCACCAUCUACCAUCUAUACAGAUGUGCUGAGAAGCUUUACUACAAAAUUAGACACACAUGAACCACCACCACACGAGUCAAGCAACAACAAAGAAAUGAGGACAGCAUUUUCACUACCCGCGGGCCGGACCGCAAAGUCCUAUAUAGCAAGCGGGGCGGGUUUGGGUAGAGGUUUGGGAACCGCGGGUUACGGCGGGCUGACCCGCAAAGAUCCGCCAGAGAUAGAGACCGCAGCGGGGCGGGCCACGGCGGGGCGGGUUGUCCCAAUUGCCAUUCCUAACUGAAUAUGCAGCGAUAUAUAAACCAAAAAAUGGGCGAU